AUGUCCCAAACUUCCCCUCCAAAGCCAUCACGAUCCCUUCGACCUCGUAUUCGUACUUUGAAAGAAUCGGAUGGCAAUUCGCCCAGACCAAGACAUCAAGCAGAAUCUAACCAUGAGAACCAAAACAGUUGGGAUGAUUGGGUACCUCAAGAUCGAGUAAUGAAGUUUAAUGACGAUAAUAAAGAACUUGCCGCUCAACUUCAUCAAGAGAUGAAGAAGAUGAGCCAGAAGCCCAAGUCCGCAACUUCAGCAGGUGGUAAGAAAAUUGGUGGACGAGCAAAUGGAUCGGAUUUUGGUUCAGGUCGUGGAAGUGAAGAAAGACAUGCCAGUGUAGCAGCUCAAGGAGGUGGAAGAGGUGGUCCAAGAAGAAAUCGUGAUUAUGAUUUGGAACAAAUGGGUCCCCCUAUUAUACCAGCUGUUAAAGCUCGUGCGAAACGUCUUGCAAAGAAAAUCGGCAUUUCAGCUUCUCAAAAUAAGAUCCAGAAACCGCAAGUGAUCAAUGUAAAAGAGAAGACCAAGGCAAAGACCAAGGUCAAGGCGGUCGCAAAGGCCGUUGUAAAGGCAGUCAAUAAUUUGGCUGCACCACCAGUUAAUCCAAAGCCAAUAAUGAAUGGAAAGAACCCAGAUUGGGCCAAUCCUAAGAGCGAGCAUUGGGAUGUCGAUAAAUUUCUCAAAAACGACUCCAUGGUCCCGAAAACAAAUCUGGAUGCAAGACCACCCAAGGAUUUUCAAUUCAUUUUCAACAACUCAUUAGAGAUCCUGAAACAUAUCGACUGGAUAAAUCUAACUACGUCUACAAACCGAAAGAGAAAGCGGCUCCAGUUCAUCCUAAACUUCAAGCCCACAUCAAAAAGGGUACCGACACCAAACCUUUGCGCCAGUGGUAUGCAGAUUACGAGGCCUGGUCAAAUCAAUCCUAUCGCUGGUCGAUUGUUUGACGAUAAUCAAUUACCUCCCCCACAACUAAAGCGAAAGAGACUUUUCCCUUUAUCAUACAGUGAAGAGCGCAUAGAAGAGAUCAUGAAGCCUCCCACAAAGAAGCCUAGGCUCAUUCUUAACAAUGGGUCGAAUAAAUCUGCCCUGAAGAAGACUGCAGGAAAGGCUGUCUCAAAGACCGCUCAAAAGGCUUCCCCAAAAAACAAUGGCACAGUUGCUAGCACAGAGAUUGAGAAGAAAGUGAAAUUUGAAAGGAAACGAAGAGAAGAAAACUUUCAUAAUCGACCAUCCAUCAACCUUGUCAUCCCCGAUCAUAUCAAAGCAAUUCUUGUUGAUGACUGGGAGAAUGUCACUAAGAAUCAACAACUUGUACCAUUACCCCACCAUAAAUCUGUUGAUCAAAUCUUAAAUGAUUGGCUUGAAUUUGAAAAACCAAAGAGACCCGUUGGAAGUGCCCAGGCGGAUAUCCUGGAAGAGAUUGUCGCUGGUUUGAAGGAGUAUUUCGAAAGAUGCCUUCCUCGCAUUCUUCUGUACAGAUUUGAACGUCAACAGCACAUGGAUUUCCGUGAAUUAUGGGAUGAUGAUUCAUAUCCACAGAGCUCUGCAUGUGAUACCUAUGGUGCUGAGCACUUGUGCCGUCUUUUGGUCACUCUGCCUGAACUCAUUGCUCAAACCAAUAUGGAUUUACAAUCCGUUAAUCGUCUCCGAGAGGAACUUAGCAAGUUGACCAACUGGAUCGGCAAGAAUGCUAAAGACUACUUUGUCACUGAAUACGAGACACCUGGCGCAGAAUAUGUUGACAAGGCUCGAAACCCAAACUAG